CAUAUAUUCGCCCUGGUCCAGCUCAACCGCACAUGAGUAUCCCAUACACGCUUAAAUUUUCUUGAUAUUGGUAAGGGAACUUAACCUUCACAUAUUUCUUGCCAACAAAACGACAAGGUGCCAACAAUGGCUUCAACAUUCACCCCAACCACGAUGGUCCUCCAAUCCCUCGCCUUCAUCUCCGUCUGGCUCGCAACAACCCUCCUCGUCCGGCACCGCGGCCCUUCGACUGCCAUCGCACCACACCUGGUUAAGUUCCACAACCGCUCUUACUCCCUCCUUUCCUUCCUCCUUCUCCUGCUCAUCCUCUCCCCCUUCCCGCAACACGACACACCGGCCCGAUAUGUCUACCACCUCUCCAAGUUCUACGAAUACCUCGACAUCCUGAGCGUCACUGCCUCAGGUGGGGAGGUCCACCUGCACUUCGGCUUCCACCACCUCACGACACCGUGGCUGACGUUUGUGCGGGUGCUUCCCCAUCACGGUAAGGUGUGUGAGGGGUGGAAGUGGUUUGCCGCGGCCAACGCGGCGCAUCACGCCUUGAUGUAUGCUUAUUUUGGGGGUUGGUCGGGGGUGAGGGAGGUGUUACUUUGGACGGGAGAGGCGCAGUUGGGCAUUGGGAUUGCGGCGGACGCGUGGGCUGUCUGGGGGCGAUUGGCGAGGGGGGAGGGGGUGCAGGAGCUGUGGAGGUUUGCCAUGUCGAGUGGAUUGUUGGCGACGUAUUGGGUUUUGCAUACGAGGGAGAUGAGGAUGAGGGCGAGGGAGGAGGCGAAGCGUAGCAGGGAGGGCCAAAAGGAGGAGUGAGACGAAAGAAAAGGGGAAUACUUCAUAUGGCGCGGCACAGGUAAGAAGUUCGCCCGUCAAAUUGAGUCCAAGCAGCGGCAGUCUUCUGGCCGAGGCGUUCGCCCAGAUCCGGCCUGACACCAGCUUCGACGGGGACUUCGCCCGGCAUGCCGAAAUGACCGGAACAUCAUACCGGGCGGUACCCAGGAUUCGGAGCAACUUCAGGCUCACUCGCACUUCCAAGCUGCUGCUAUGUAAAUAUUGAGAUGUAGGGUAUACUAAGGCGAUGCAAGUACGC